ACGGAAUUUUAUUUUUAGGGAGAUAUCAAAAUCAUAUAUAAAUUGGCAAGUCCCCGACUAGUAAGACACUUAUUCUCAAUUAAGUAUCGAUCACUUUCUAGUUUGCUUAUUUAAAAAAUGCUCAAAGACAAUUGGAAGGAGCUUUCCUUAAAAGCUAGAAAAAUUUACGAAGACUCUUUACACGAAACCUUGAAGUUAUUUCCCUUUGAUGAAGAAACGUUGAAAGAAUUUCAAAAACUUCCUUCUGCUAUUGGUACUUCAGUUACUGAUUUUGGGGCCCCGGCCUCGAGUCCUAUUGAAGAAUAUAAACGAGUAUUACCCAAUAAAACAGCUGAAAUUACUGAAACGGAUCCGUAUGACCUCGUCCAAUUGAUAAAGAAAGGAAAGUAUUCAUGUAUGGAAGUCUUGAAUGCAUAUUUCCAUGCUGCAAUAAUAGCUUCUAAAUUAACUAAUUGCGUUUAUGAGUUUUUGCCUCAAGAAAGUUUGAAAGUUGCAAAAUACCUCGAUGAUAAUUUUGAUGAACUUAAAGAUAAAUUACCGCUUUUUGGUUUACCAUUUUCAAUAAAAGAAAUGAUUCCUUUUGUCAAUCGUUCAGUUACUCAUGGAUCUUUAUGUUAUUUAGACAGAGUUGUCGAUUACAAUGCCGAUAUAGUUGAAAUAUUGUUGAAGUCAGGGGCAAAUGCAUUUGUAAGGACUACUAAUCCACAAUCGUUGAUGAUGCUCGAGUGUGAGUCGUACACUCAUGGGAGAACCGUCAAUCCUUUCAAUAGCACCUUGACAUGUGGAGGCUCUUCUGGUGGUGAGGGUGCCCUCAACGGAAUUGGUGGUUCUGCAAUUGGAUUGGGUUCUGAUAUUGGUGGCUCAAUCCGUUGUCCUUCGGCUUUUAAUGGUAUCUAUGGUUUAAGACUGACUGUGGGAAGGUUACCAACUGGGGAUUAUAUGUCUUGUCAAAUGGGUUCUGAAGCUAUCUUAUCGGUUACAGGGCCUUUAACCCGAUCAUUGGAUUUACUAGAAUUGUUCACCAAGACAAUCAUUGACUCUAAGCCCUGGACUAUCGAUCCAACCUUGGCAAGUAUCGAGUGGAAACCAGAACCAAAAGAUAAAGAAUUCAAAAUUGGUAUUUUAUCCCAUGAUGGAGUCGUUGCGCCUCAUCCUCCCGUCAAGAGAGCUUUGAAUCUCGUCAAAGAAAAAUUGAUGGAAUUAGAUAACGUCGAAGUUUUUGAAUUCACUCCCUAUGAUCAUGCUAGGGCUCAAAAGAUUAUUACUUCUUUAUAUUUCGAAGAUGGCGGUGCUGAUACAAAAAAUACGUUACUUGAUACUGGUGAACCAAUGUGUGAGCAAACAAAAUGGGCUCUCGGAAAUGAAAAUGUCAAACCUUUAACCUUCCCUGAACAGUGGAAAUUGAAUAUCGAAAAACAAAAGUAUAGGAAAGAAUAUUUGAAAUAUUGGAAUCAAUUCGAAGCCGAUGCUAUUAUUGCACCUGUUUUCCCGGGCCCAGCUGCAAAACACAGAACUGCAAAGUAUUGGGGAUAUACUUCCCAAUGGAACUUGCUCGAUUAUCCAGUUUUGGUGUUCCCCGUAACUAAAGUUGACUUGGACUUGGAUCACCCAGACUCUGAAUAUAAACCACUUAAUGACAUUGACGAAUUUACUUACAAGCAGUACGAUUCCGCUAAAAGUUUUGAGAAUGCUCCUGUUUGCUUGGGGGCUGUUGGUUUAAGAAACACUGAGGAAAAAUUGAUUACAAUUGGGAAAAUCCUCCGUGAUAUUAACUAAUCUAUUUUAUUCUUUAUAUGUGUUAGUCUUAGUAUUUUAC